CUACAUUAUUCUGCACAGAGACAGAGAGAGUGCUCACACACACACACACACACACACACACACGGCUCUGUUCUACACUUCCUGCUCCUCAAAUGCGCUCAGUACGUCCGACUCUGGUCUAAACACACACACACGUGUACCCAGACUGCUGAGCACUCACACACCCCUCAACUCCUGAACACGACUCAGAGUAGCACACUCACAGGACGAGGGAAACGAGGAGGAGGAGGGGGACGGAGGAUGUUGCCAGUGGUAGCGUCCUGGCCACAGCUGCACUGAAGAGGGGACACAGGCUCUCCCCUCAUUCUGGUUCUCGUUCUUGCACCCUCGUUGCCUCGCUUGCUCCGGAUUAACUUCACCAUGGAGUCUCCAACCAAAGAGAUCGAGGAGUUUGAGAGCACUUCACUGAAGUACCUCCAACCAGACCAGAUCGAGAAGAUCUGGCUCCGGCUCCGGGGACUGAGGAAGUAUAAGAAGACGUCACAGAGAUUGCGGUGUUUGGUGAAACAGCUGGAGAGAGGUGAAGCGUCCCUGAUCGACCUGAAGAAGAACCUUGAAUAUGCCUCCUCGGUGCUCGAAUCCGUCUACAUUGAAGAGACGAGGCGGUUGGUGGACACGGAGGAUGAGCUCAGUGAUAUCCAAUCGGACUCGGUGCCAUCAGAGGUGCGUGAUUGGCUGGCCUCCACCUUCACACGUCAGAUGGGGCUGAUGCUGAGACGGACAGAGGAGAAGCCACGAUUCCGCAGCAUCGUACAUGCUGUGCAGGCUGGGAUAUUCGUCGAGAGAAUGUACCGGCGGACCUCCAACAUGGUGGGCUUAAGCUACCCUGCAACUGUUAUAACUGUGCUCAAGCAUGUCGACAAGUGGACUUUUGAUGUGUUCGCUUUGAAUGAAUCGAGUGGAGACCACGCACUGAAGUUUAUCUUCUAUGAACUUCUCACCAGAUAUGAUCUCAUCAGCCGAUUCAAGAUUCCCAUCUCAGCUCUGGUGUCCUUCGUGGAGGCAUUGGAAGUGGGAUACAGCAAGCAUAAAAAUCCGUAUCACAAUCUCAUCCAUGCCGCAGACGUCACGCAGACCGUACACUACUUAAUGCUCAAGACUGGCAUGGUGCACUGGAUGACGGAGUUGGAGAUCUUUGCCUUGAUCUUUGCUGCAGCAGUACAUGACUACGAACACACUGGAACCACAAACAACUUCCACAUCCAGACCAGGUCAGACACUGCGAUCCUGUACAAUGACCGCUCGGUGCUGGAGAGUCAUCACGUCAGUGCAGCAUAUCGCCUCCUACAGGACGACGACGAGAUGAACAUCCUCUACAACCUGUCCAAAGAUGACUGGAGGGAGUUCAGGACUCUGGUGGUGGAGAUGGUGUUGUCUACAGACAUGUCGUGUCAUUUCCAACAGGUCAAAGCCAUGAAGAACUUCCUACAGCAACCAGAGGGAAUUGACAAACCGAAAGCACUUUCUCUGAUCUUACACACUGCUGAUAUCAGCCAUCCAGCCAAAAACUGGGACCUCCAUCACCGCUGGACCAGCUCACUGCUGGAGGAGUUCUUCAGACAGGGAGAUAAAGAGGCAGAACUGGGGUUGCCCUUCUCACCAUUGUGUGACCGCAAGUCCACCAUGGUGGCUCAGUCUCAAAUCGGGUUCAUCGACUUCAUCGUUGUCCCUACAUUCACUGUCCUCACAGACAUGACGGAGAAGAUCGUGACACCGCUCAUCAACGAGGCGACACACUCCAGCCUGGCCAGCUUCCGCAGGUCGAGUCUCAGCAGCAUUUCCACAGCAGAAACGAAGCAGGUGAACGUGAACAGCCCGGCUGCAGAGAGCAGUGCUUCCCACAACUGCUCACUGCUCGCUGUGGACCUGAAGAACUUCAAGGCCAUUUGGAACGAGCAAGUUCUUCAGAACCGCGAGAGGUGGAAGACUCGUGCUGACAAAGAAACAGAGGAGAAGGCUCAGCUAGAGGCAGGACAGGAGGGACAAACAGGACAGGAGCCAGAGCCUGGGGGGACGACGAGUGGGCCAAGUGAAGCUGAAAAUCCAGAAAACACACCAAGCGUGGAGGGCAACAAGCGACUACAUAAUGGUGAGGUGUCAGAGCAUGUGGCAUCACCAGGAAGUGAAGAUGGUGAAGAGAAAGGACUCAAAGAGACUGAAAAGGACUAGCGUGGGUGCUGUAUGGAGUGUAUCUGUGCUGUUUAGGCCUCCUGACCAUGUCCUCCUGGCGGUGUGUAUGCGCACGUGUUCUGAAGCUCCACAGCACCCUCCGCUGGAUAAACCUGUGCUUACACUCUUUUGCUUCUUCUGCUUCCUUCAUCCAAGGCUUUGAUUGCUCUCGUGACUCCAUUGACCUUCUUCAAGGCAGAUCUGUGGCUCAGUCUGCGGGGAGUGUGUUGGUGUGUGAGGUGGCUGGGGGUCAGCCGCUGGAUAACUUCCUUUUAAAGACUCUCGUCUGUUCGUGUUAAUGGGAAAUAUACAAAACAAAAACAGCUGCCAUCACAUUCACAGGAGUUGGUUUCUUAUUUGUUAUUUUCUAUGGAAAGAAAACAUAGCGUGCCUUUGUCUAUUAGCUGUUUAUUCACCACUUCUCGUUUUUGUUCUUUCCUUCUUCUUCUCCUUCUAUUUUCUUUCCUUUUGCACGUGUCAGCGUAUUUGCUUGUCUUUUCUAUUAGAAGCAGAAGCUGACUCAGGUCGUUUCUGCUCUCUUAAUGCCUUUGCUUGAUCUCUUUCAUUAUAAACUUUAUUUAUUUGCCGCUUUCUGACUGCUCAGCAACCUCAUCCACAAAACAGCGAUUUUUUUUUUUCCCCUCCAGUUUGCCAGCUGCUUAUAUUGCGCCACAUUAUACGAGGCACUCAACUAGAGAGACUUAAUGCAUUUCAAACAAAGUUAUUUAUAUCCAUUCGUCAGACGAUCUUACCAAACUGGACAUUUUGCCUAAUUAAUAUUUGUUGCCUUAAUAAUAAGUAUUAUUUAUAUGUUACGUAUAUUUUUUAAAUUGCAUGCCCUCUACAAAUAGUACGUCAAAGUGACUGGGGUUGUCCUAAUCUUGAAGGCAAAAUGUUUUCAUCAAAUGGAGUGAAUGACAUCAUAGGAAAGUGGAGUAACUGUGACCAACCUGAAGUCCUGAGGAACUGUUUAUUCCUCUUAUAAUACAGCUUUUAUUACUCUUAUAAUUAUGAUCACAAUUAAAGAACAAUGCGUCAUACUUUUUAUCCAUUUAAUGGUGAGGAACGUCUGAGAGGCACGUUAGUUAGUGUUAUCGGUUACAUUAUAGCAGCUAUAAACGGUCAUUCUCUUACCAGAUUUUCUUUGUUUCUCUCUGAGUUGAUAAGAAAAACAAAACAAAACAGCAUGCUAUGUUACCAAGAAAUAGGAAAAUGAAACGUUCUUUGUCCUUACUGACACGAUUUAAGUUUCUUUGUGAUCAAUCAGAUUCAAGAAUUCAACAGCAUUGGGGUAUACAGUAAAAAUAUCACGAUACAUCAUGAUACUUGAAUACAUUUUUAGAAAAAACAACAACACACGCUUAAUUUUACUAAGAAAGGGCCACUAAAAUACUCCACAAAGUAGAUAGAACUCGACGCCAAUGGCGUCGAUGGGGAUGCCUCC